GGGGCCGAGGCUCGGAGCGCACGGCGAUUGGCCGGGGCGGAGCGAGGGGAGGCGCUCCUCCGCCCUCUCUGCCGCCUCUGUGCUGUCUUUCGCCCGCCCCUUGGGGCUCUCCUUCCGCGGUCUCUUUCUCCCGCAAGGCUGCGGGAACUUGGUUGGAGUCGGGGCUGACGGAGAUUCAAAGGUCUCGGCUGUAGGUUCAGGUCCCUCAGCGACUUCGCAGGGCGUGCUGUGUUCCGGUCCCGGAUUGAGGCUCCAGAAAGAGUUGCGCUCCACCUGCCAAUUGUGGAAGAAGGAAUUCUGAGAUCUCUCCACAUGAAACCCCGUACCACCAAGCGCAAAGUCCGAGCUCUGGCCUACGCAUGAAAGUGACUAGGAGGAAGGAUACUAUCAAGUGAUGCAAACAGAAAUUCCACCAGCCUCCGGAUAUCAUUAUGUGUCAUAUCGUGCCAAGCUCUGUGAGCUUUUGCUUCAAAUUGCCUUAGCCACUUCCAGGUGAACGACAAGCUCAAGACUUCGUUCUUCAGCAGGCAGAAGAUGACCGACUGUGAGUUUGGAUAUAUUCACAUGCUGGCCCAGGACUACCUGAAGUACGUCCUGCAGAUACCACAACCUGGAUCUGGUCCAAGCAAAACAUCCAGAGUGUUACAAGACAUUGCUUUCUCAGUUCAAAAUGAAGUAGAGAAGAAUUUGAAACCAUGCUUGGACAAUUUUCAUGUUGUGUCCAUAGAUGCUGCCAGAACAAUAUUCAAUCAAGUGAUGGAAAAGCAAUUUGAAGAUGGCAUCAUUAACUGGGGAAGAAUUAUGACCAUAUUUGCAUUUGAAGGUAUUCUCAUCAAGAAACUUCUACCAGAGCGAAUUGCCCCAGAUGUGGAUACUUACAAGGAGAUUUCUUACUUUGUUGCUGAGUUCAUAACGAAAAACACAGGAGAAUGGAUAAGGCAAAAUGGAGGCUGGGAAAAUGGCUUUGUAAAGAAGUUUGAACCCAAAUCUGGCUGGCUGACUUUUCUGGAAGUUACUGGAAAGAUGUGUGAAAUACUUUUCCUGAAGCAAUACUACUGACCAAAAAGACACUCUAUAUUGUGAAACCUGCCUAAUUUUCUUGACUCUUACAAGAAGUACUGCCAACACUUACUUCUAAACAAACAGUUUGAUGAUGUAACGACAUUCCAGAGUUACCGAAAUUGUGUCCCCAUUUUAAUGAAUAAAUUGCAUGUAUUUGUCUCUAUAUGUAA